AUGCAGUCUGCCAUCCGGGCAGCAGGGCGCCAGCUCGCACUCGCAGCAGCACGGCCACAGCCAACGGCAGCCGCAUCCACCUCGCGCCGCGCCCUCGCGACCGUCGCCAACGUCCCCUUCGCCGACUUCGACCCGACCCCGUCCACCCGCGCACGCACUCCGCGCACACCCCGCGAGGUCGACACGAGCAUGCCCCUGCCCAACAACCCCGCCAUCGUCAUCCCCCGCCCCGGCCAGCUCAACAAGCCCACCGAGCCAUCGCCCCGGUACUCGCGGCAUUCGUCCCGCAUCAGGGGACGCGGGCCGCAGCGUGCGCCGAGGUACAUCGAGCAGGCCACCAAGGACGAGGCUCUGGUCGACCUGUACCUCCCGAGCGUCUUCGUCCGCCUCGUCCGCAACACGGAGGAGUACGCCGACGACCCCUUCACCGCGACCUUCCGUACCUCGCUCCAGCUCACCAAGCCCGACAUUGUCAACUACCUCCGCAACAUCUACGGACUCGAGGUCACGAGCGUCCGGACCAUGAACUACCUCGGGCCGCUCAAGCGCUCGGCCGGCGGCGGGACCGUCCGCGACAGCAAAAAGACGUACAAGAAGGUCCUCGUCACGCUCAAGGAACCCUUCUGGUACCCCGAGGAGCCGACGCGUGGCUGGCUCAACGAGCACUUUGAGCGCGACAGGAUGGAGGAGCUCCGCGACCGCAAGAUGCUCGAGCUCGGCGGCGAGAAGGGCUGGGGCAGGCAGUCGCACCGCUACCGCGGAGCCGACAAGCCCAGGGUCGAGCAGGAGCGCGCUCGCUUGGUCUCGGUCAACGGAGGACACGACGUCGAGUACCGCGAACCGGGCGACAACGUCUCGGAGCGCAAGCCGACCGGCCUCAAGCGCAGGAAGAACGUCAGGCGCGCCAUGGGCGAGAAGCUCGACGCCAAGGCCGACACCAUCGACGAGCAGGUCGAGCGUCUCCGCCAACAGGGCUGGUGA